GGGGGCGGUCCGCUGCGCAUGCGCAGUGCGUGUGAGUGAGUGAGCGUAUGUUGUUGUGGUGGUCGGGCGGCGGGAUGAACGCGUUUGAGAGGAAGCUGGCGGAGCUGGUCCGCUCCUACCCGCACCUGUACGACCGCUCGCGCAGGGAGUUCAGAGACGUGCACGUGUUCGCGGACUCGUGGCGGGAAAUCGCCAAUAAGCUGGGGGGCGACGACCCGGUGGAGUGUAAGGUAACGUGGAGCAACCUCCGCAAGAAGUUCUCCAAGGCCAGGAAGAGGAUGAUCUGCAGGAGCGGGGGGCGAGCCAAAGACCAGACCCCCAAACGAUACAAAGAACUGUCCUGGCUCAACCAGUUCGUUCACCACAGACACAUCCCCACAGACCCCGCCAUCACCCUCACAGGACCCCCCAUCACCCUCACAGGACCCCCCAUCACCCUCACAGGACCCCCCAUCACCCUCGCAAACAGAGUGUGUGAGAGCCUGGUUGAAACCACUGAUCCUUCUUUUGACACAUCAAUGAAUGUAAAACUGGAGCAGCCGGAGGACGAGCGGGAGCCGUUUGAUAUCGUAUGUAUAGAAGACUCCCCCUCGUGUUCAUCCACAGCAGAGUCGAGCUCCAGCAUGCUGCUUCCGUCUCAUGAGAAUAGAACACGCAGACGGAGCACUACUGAUUCAGAAAUCGCAAAAAUGUUUUGUGAGCUGGAAAGAUUCAAAGCUCCAGACUCGGCCGACGCCCAUGACCGAUACGUUCAGACAAUUGCUGACUUCAUGCGGGGACUGUCCAGGAUACGCUGCGCCCAUUUUAAGAAGCGUGUAAACGAUAUUAUGUAUGAAAUGGAGCUGGAACAGCUUCAUGAAUCUGGAUUGUAGCUUUCUGUCGGUAUUCUAUUUAUAUCAUACAGUUUUUUUCUGUAGACAUGUCUGUAGAAAUAAACGUUUUUUAUUGUUAUUGUGAUAUACAUUGUUUUUUUUAUUAUUUCUGACUGUGCACUACAAUUGUAUUUUGCUCACGGCAAAUAAAAGCAUCUUAAAUUUG